AUGGCAACCGAUUGGUUACAAACAAUAACUAAGCUUACUAAGCUUCAACGUUUAGGAUUACAUUGGUGUAACCUGUCAAUGGUACUUCCUCCCUCACCUUUCAAUGCUUCUAAUUCUCUUUCUGACAUUACACUCUCGGGAAAUGAGUUCUCUUCUUCUUGGAUAUUUCCUUUGGUGUUUUACUUAAGCAGUAGCCUUAGUUCACUUGACCUCAGUUCCAACAAAUUACAAGGUGAGAUUCCAUUAUCCUUGAGGAAUAUGACUAGUUUAACUGGUUUAUAUUUAUACCGUAACCAAUUCACAGGGGAAGUGCCUCAUCUUGCAUUACCUUCCUCUUUGAUUGACUUAUAUCUUUCUGAGAAUAUGUUUACUGGCGAUGCCACUUCAGUAGUGAAGUUGCAGAGCGCCAUCAAGACCAACGGCGGAGGUCUGAACCCCCCCCCACCCCCCCCAACCCGGGUCCUGACUAUUGCUUAA